UGUUAGGAUUCCAGCCGCGCUCGUACUCCGGGACACUCGGGUAGCGCAAAACGCAAAAGGUGUCGUUCGUGCUGGUUGGUGGUGGUGUUGUGUGUUGUGUGCCGGGCCGCGUAUUAACGGUUGGCGUGCGCGUCGUCGUGUUGGGUGUUUGGGUGGUUUGUCUGCGAUAACGUGUUUUUUCUUUGUUUUUGUUGGUUGUUCGCAGUCGAAUUUAGCACGCCAAACCUGUGACGUGUCCGAUGCGAUGAUGCUACUUGUCGCUGGGUGGUGGCGUACGGGGGUAAUAGCAAUAGCAUAAUAGCCUAUAAAACAAAUGAUAAAAAGAAGCGUAUUUUGUAAUAGAGAGUGAGUGAGAGUGAGAGGGCGAAGGAGAGUGUCCUUUUCUCAGUGCGUGGACCCAGUAACGAUAACAUUCACGGUGAUUCGUCGUAGUAGGCUGCCACGUUGUGUGUUUACAGUGCUUAACGGGGAGGGCUACGCGUGUGUGUGUGUGUGUUGGUGCGAUUGUGUUGGUGCGUUUAAUUGUGUAACAAUUAUCCAAGUAAGCGCCAUGGUGACCAUUGCAAGGGUGAUGUGGGGGUUUGCUCGAGGAUGUUGAUAGUAUAAUGCGCUGGCCGUUAGCCACUGGUCCACUACUGAGUCGCGCCUGGGGCGUGUACUGCUCCGUUGGGCUGCCACAGACAAGCAUUCGAAACAGCUUCUUGCAUAACUUGUGCAUCACGCCAAACAAGGGAAGUCUUGCGAGCGAAUAGAGCAAUUUAGGAAGUCGCCAAAGUCAAAGCCAACAGAUCCGAACACAGUCACAAAGCGGCAAUGUGUAUGGCAAAGCAGUAGGUCAGAGCGGUCAGCAACAGUGAGCCUGUCCCAAUAGUCCUUACAACGCCCUGUUGGGGCGCUUGCAGGCUUAAAUUGUUGCCUUUCCAUACGUGCCACAGAGCAAACAACACGUCUGGAGGGUCCGCGCGAAUGCGAAGCAUGAAUCUGGAGCCCUUGCCCCGAACCGAAACGAUACACGUCACCGCACCGGCCGCAGCGGCGGCAGCAGCAGCAGCAGCCGCGGCUCUCCACCGUCCCGUACAGACCAUGCCGCAGCGGUCACCGUUCGCGAUCCAGGAGCUGCUCGGGCUGGGCAGCAGCGGCGAGUCGACGCGGCCCAGUGGCGUCGUGUCGGCGGUCACACCGUCCCUCUAUCCGACCACCGUCGGGCAGGCCUCGUUUGCGGCGGCGGCCGCCGCCGCCGGCUGUGCCGAUCCGCACCAGAUGCAGAUGGCGGCGGCCUCGCGGAUGGCGUACUUUAACGCGCACGCCGCCGUUGCCGCCGCCUUUUUGCCCCACAACAUUGCGAGUGCGGCCGCCGGCGGUGGGUCGCUGCAGCUUCACUCGGCACAGUCAGCCAACAAUUUUACACACUUAAAGUCAACCUUUGGCGGUGGUGGCGGUGCGUGCUUACCGGGUGGUGGUGUAGACUCCAGCAAAGACUUUACCAUCGACGGACUAAAUAGUUAUGGAAAGAAGAAGAAGAAGAAACGAAGACACAGUCGAACGAUAUUUACCAGCUACCAACUGGACGAGCUCGAGAAGGCCUUCAAGGAAGCGCACUAUCCGGAUGUGUACGCCCGGGAAAUGCUUUCCCUCAAAACGGAUCUCCCAGAGGACAGGAUACAAGUGUGGUUUCAGAACCGGCGGGCGAAAUGGCGCAAGACUGAAAAGUGCUGGGGCCGCAGCACGAUCAUGGCCGAGUACGGGCUGUACGGGGCGAUGGUGCGGCACUCGCUACCGCUGCCGGAAACGAUCCUCAAGUCGGCGAAAGAGAACGAAACCGUCGCGCCCUGGCUGCUAGGCAUGCACAAGAAGUCGCUCGAGGCGGCCGAAACGCUCAAAAACUCCGAAGAUAACAGUGACCGUGAAGAGACACGGACGGAGUCGAGCGAAACGAGCGGCGGCUCGGCGGCCGCCCUCCACUGCACCCUCGGCUCCUCGCCUCUCAAGUCGCCCCCGCUCGCGUCGGACGGGUCCGGGUGCGGUCGGGGCGACUGCGGCGCGGAUGGUGCUGGCGGACGAGACGGCACCGGAGGAGGAGGAGGUGGAGGAGGAGUAGGUGGGGGAGGAAUGGGUGGGAAUGGGGCACCGCUGAACGGCAAGCAUGGCAGCAGCGUCAGCAAUCAGCGAUCGGCCGCAAUGGCGAAAGUUUCGCGGUACGGGUCACCGACCGGUGGGCGGCCACACUCACCCUCCGUCACACCACCGGCCCCGGGUCAUCCGCACCAUCCGCCACCAUCCGCUCACCCGUCCUCGCUAGCAGCCCAUCCGCUGGGGGGCCACCCGGUCUCCAGCAGUCACAGCUCGAUGCACCCGUCGCCCACGACAACGACCAUGACGGCCAGCACGGGCAGCGGGAUCAAGCUGCAGCCACGAUCGCCACCGCUCGGGACAUCGCUUGCGGCGGGCGGCGCUGGCAGCGGGGACCACCAUUCGCCGGUUGGGCAUGGACCGCACGGACCGCACCAUACGGCCGGCAUUCCGCCCGGGCUGCCGGGCGAUGGCGGCGGCGGCGGCGGCGACUUUCUGCACACUGCCACCAACAACAACUAUCACCCCGAAAACGACCACGAAGCGUUUAGGUGGGUUGACUACAAGGAUCCGGUCGCGUUCAUACGGAACAACUCAAUCGCUUGCCUCCGAGCGAAGGCCCAAGAGCAUCAGGCCCGGCUGCUCAACAGUGGACUCCUGCUCCAGGUGCGCUCGCUGGCCGGUCUGCAAACGCAUCCCGCCUUCGAUGGUGGCUCCGUGCCGUCGCUCGGCUCCCCGUACGAUGGUUCCUGCUCGAUCGCGGGCCAUGCCGCCCUGCACGCCCAGCAGCAGCGCACACCGCCCCCUUCCCAUCCAGCGCAAGCCCCGCUCGACGGGACGCUCACGUCCGCCGCGCUGCUCGAAAUCGAUCGACAGCGGGCCGAGGCGAACAGCAGCAAUGGGUCCGCGAUCUCGGUGAAGGGUGCGAGCAGCAGCCCCAACGUCAGCACUUUUUGACAGCAUUUAUAAGCGCGCCUCACCUUCUCGUAACCCGAAAGCCUACUAUCUACUACUGCUACUUCGAAACACACAACCAUCACAACAAGACAAACACACAAACGCACACCAUUCAACGGCUCAUCCGAUUUUUGUGUAGCAAAGAGGAAACAUCAAUAAAACAAACAAGUACAACGAAUCGAAACGAAUCGAUCAUUAUUUAGGGGAUGUAAAACAAAAACCAAAAACCAAAGAGGGCGAAAUCGUAACCAGUGAGGACAGUGUCUCUGCCUCUGUAGAUUUGAAUUUGAAAAAAAGGAUCAUUUUCCUCCGGCUAUAUGAACCGUUGUGGUGUGGUUUUUUUCUUUCUUUCCCACACAGGGCGUUUGUUUAUAUUGUGCGAGAUUAUUGGUGAAUAAAGCAUACAAGGAAAGGGACAAUUUUUGUACAUACUGCAGCACAAUAUCGUUAUGUCAAACAAACACAUAUACAUAUUCAUUUUUCUUCCUGUUUUUUUAUGUGCAAUCUCUGAAAAUCUGAAAUGAGCCUAAACUCUUAAAUGAAAUUGCGAAAAGGGGGAGAAAAAAGUAAAGUAUAAUAAUAUAACAGUAUGAGGAUAUCGAUUUAGGUGAUACAGUAAAUACGUAACUAAGUGCGUGGUCCGGGAAUGAGGAUAGAAAAAAAUAGAAGGAGAAAAACAACGUUCCGGGCUAAAUAAUAACUUAUAAGUGGAAUGGAAACAGUAGCAGUAUAGGAAAGGGCAGUGACAAAAGUUGGAAGGAAAAUAUAAAAAAACACACACACAAAUGUUCACAAAUUCAUCAUUCAUCCGAUCGUGUCCUAUCCGAUCGGUUGAGAUCGCAUUGUAUAUAGAGAAUUAAAAAAAACCGUGAAAACAUGAAUUAAUUUAUUUCAAACCCCCUAAAACUGUUGUCAGGUGAAUUGGAAGGACAUGAAAAGGCAGUAAAAAAUGACAAAAAAUUAGAUAAGCACAAUCAGCCAACCAUUUCAAACAAUCCACAAAAGGUCCACAAAUGGUCAAACAAAUACAAACAAACUAUACCCCACAAGCAACUUGUAAUACAUAGAUAGGAACACUCUGUGCAAGGAGUAAGAUGGGCUCUAAGUUCUAACAAUGGUUUUAUUGAGUUCAGUUCAAUUGUUACAAGCCAUUUAUUUACUUGUGCGCUCUAUUGUCGAUUGUAGCAUACUACACAACAACACAAAACCGAUUUAUUCAACAAACAGAAAACUAUGUAUAAUUAAACAUGCAUACACACACAGCAAGAAGCCUACAAUUGCUAUAAAAAGUCUGUUUGUGUGUGUGUGCUGAUAGUUGGAGCUGGAGUUGGAAACCGAAAUGAACAAACACGAAUUAAAAGCAUUGCAAAUAAACAAGUGUAUC